CGCGUCUCGGCUGGGCGUGGCUUCGUGCCGCUGGCCCGGCGGGGCGAGCCUGUCAGCGCUGGGGCUGCCGAGCGGGUCCCUGGCGAGGCUGUUUUGGAGGAAGAUGCCGUCGCCUCAGAUUCUCAAAGGAGCCUGAGGGUUUCGAGGAACCUGAGGGGGCGUGGAAAGGCCUGGCAGCCGCAGCGGAGGUUCGAGGGACUAGUCUCUCCCCUCGAAGUGUCCCCCAUCGUGGGGACUUGAAGGAGGACCCCUUGGCUUCCCCACAUGGCGUCCACGCUCAGCACGUCAGAUGAGCAGGGACCACAGCUGUUUGAAGAUCUGGAUGUGUAUUUUUCUCAAGAGGAAUGUGUGAGUCUGCCUCCUGCCCAGAAGACCAACAGCAGAGAAGCCCCACUGGAGUGUUUUGAGGAUUUGGACUUGAUAGGAGGGGAAGACAAGACUGAACCCAGUCAGCAGUUAAGCCUAGAGUCUAUGGAACUUGAAGAGCUGUCCCUGGACACGCACUCCACUGCAGCACCCCUCGUGCAUUCCUCCGAAAAGUCUGAGGAUGACGUUGGAACACAUGAAAGGAAAAUGUCAGGCGGAACUUUGACUUGCAAGACCAAAGUUAUAAGCCUCUUGGUCACCAUUGAAAACCAAACCCCAUUAGUAGAAUUAUCUCAAUGUUUAGGAGUCAGAACACUUUCUGAUAUUAUUGAAGUUCCCUGGGAAGAAGCCAAAAAUGUGUACAAGUGUCCUGACUGUGACCAAAGCUUCAGUGAUAACACAUACCUUGUUCUGCAUCAGAAAAUUCAUUCACGAGAGAAAAGGUACAAAUGUAGUACCUGUGAGAAGACCUUCAGUCACAGAACUAACCUGAGGACACAUAAGAGAAUCCACACUGGGGAGAAGCCUUACAAGUGUACCAAGUGUGCUGCCAGCUUCCGGCAGCAGUCACACCUGUCCCGACACAUGAAUAGCCAUAUGAAGGAGAAACCAUAUACAUGUAAUGUAUGUGGGAAAGGUUUUAUGUGGCUUCCAGGAUUGGCAGAACAUCAGAAGAGUCAUGCUGAUAAAAAGUCUUAUGAAUGUGCUGACCGUGAUCAACAUUAUUGUCAGGAAACAAAUCUGGCUUUGCCUGAAAAAACAGGCUCAUCAGACACCCCAUUCCAGCACGCUCAGUGUGUGAAGAGCUUAGAGCAGCCCUCAUACCCUGCUCUCGCUGAGAAGGACCAUAAGGAGGACUCUAAGAACUGCAGUAUUGACGAUGAAGACUUUUUUUCAUUCUCCAGAUUCAAACCUUUACAAUGUCUUGAUUGUGACAUGACCUUUCCUUGUUUCUCAGAGCUUGUUUCUCAUCAAACCAUUCAUGACAUGGAAAAACCUCAUAAGUGUAAAACAUGUGCAAAAACUUUUGCUUUAGAAUCAGAACUUGCAUCCCAUGAGAAGAACCACAUAAAGGAAGAACCUUUCAAAUGUACGGUGUGUGGGAAGAGCUUUAGAGUGAAUAUGCAUCUCAUCACUCAUAAACGAACCCAUAGGAGAAACACCAAGUAAAUAUAAGCUUUUGCUACUGUG